AGGUCCUACAAGUUCACUUUUAUUCUCAAAAGUUCUUCUUUACUAGAAAACUUGAGUUUCUUUAUUCGAACACUUCCAAAAUCCAACCUUCUAAAUUAAUCAGCUUCAUAACAACUAGAGAGAGGAAAAAAAAACAAUGGGAAGAUCACCUUGUUGUGAUAAAAAUGGACUAAAGAAAGGUCCAUGGACAACAGAAGAAGAUCAUAAACUUAUCCAAUAUAUUCAAAUUCAUGGUCCUGGAAAUUGGCGAACCCUUCCUAAGAAUGCUGGACUUCAAAGGUGUGGAAAGAGUUGUCGUCUUCGUUGGACGAAUUAUUUAAGGCCUGAUAUUAAGAGGGGACGUUUCUCAUUUGAAGAAGAAGAAACUAUUAUCCAACUUCACAGUGUUCUUGGCAACAAGUGGUCAGCUAUAGCGGCUCGUUUGCCAGGAAGAACAGACAAUGAAAUCAAGAAUUAUUGGAAUACUCACAUAAGAAAAAGGCUUCUAAGGAGUGGUAUUGAUCCAGUUACUCAUAGUCCUCGUCUUGAUUUAUUAGACUUAUCAUCCCUUCUAAAUUCAACUCAAUUUAACCUUUCGAGUUUACUUGGGUUACAAGCACUUAUAAACCCUGAGAUCUUCAGAAUUGCAACUACUCUUUUGGCAUCACAAAAUGAAAGCCCUGAAUUGUUAUUACAAAAACUUCAAGAAAAUCAAUUGUUGAACACUCAACUUCAAAAUCUUGAAGGGUCUGAAUUAUUGCUACAAAAGCUUCAAGAAAAUCAAUUAUUGAAUGCCCCAAUGCAAAAUCAGCUUCAAAAUUUCCAACCUAAUAAUCAAUUCCAAAAUCAGAUUCCAGAAAUACCAACUUUCAGUACCCCAUCAAAUGUUCCUUGUUCAUCUUCACAGCCCAUGCAAUUAGGACACGUGGAAUCCUAUUUGAUGAAUGACCAAAUGCUACCUCCGCAAAACUAUGGUUAUUGUGCUUCUGAUACUUCUGAUAAUUCAACUUUCCAAUCACUUAACAACAGCAGCAAUCAGAAUAUCAGCUUAGAUUCAGUGUUGUCGACGCCUUUGUCUAGCACAGAAGAUGAGAAAGAGAGCUACUGCAGUAAUUUAAUGAAAUUCGAAAUCCCAGCGAGUUUAAAUUUUGAUGAUUUUAUGUAAAUACCGAUACCGUCCGAAACUUUGUUUCUCUUUUUCGUGAUUGUUGUGGUUUUCUUCUCUAGGGACAUUUGGAUGGAACAGUUGUUACAUUUUUUAGUUGGUGAUCCAUUCAAAUUCUAUAGUAAUUUGUAUUGUUAGGUGGAUUUUGUUUUGCAGUUUUUUUUAUUUAUACAUACCAGUUGUU